CGUUUGAGAAUCACGUGGUAGUAUUUAGUCCGCCGCGUUCCCGGUGACAAGGUCUGUCGGUGUUUCAUUGAUUGUCCUUCUCUGCUAGUUGACGGAACCAUGAUCAAGGUUGCUAUUCUGCUGGCUCUUGCGGCCGUGUGUCUGGCUCAAACCCCAGUGCCAUGCGAAUCGCCAGACCAAUGGGAGGGCAUGCGAGUCAUGACGGACCAGUCGAAAGAGUUCCAGGAGAUCGCCAAAUACAGCUACGACGCGGCAAAUAGGCGGACGCGCGCCAUCGAGCAGGUUAACAUCGGCAAGGAGAAGGACUACUUUGACGUGCUUAAAAUCUACGACCAGAACAAAGAGUACAGGCUGAACCUGGUGACCAAGAAAUGCAACGUAACGGUUCCCUCGCAUCCGUUCUGGAAGACAGGCGUUGUCCCGGGCUCCAAGUUCCUGUUCGAGGCCGAGGCAGGGGCGGCGUCCAUUCCAUUUGAGCACCUUACUGUCCAGAACUGGGACAUUACAUUCGACAAUGGAGCAAAAUACGCUAUAGCUGUUACAUCGCCCACCUGUGUACCCGUCUUCGCAGCAUAUUAUAACAAAGAAAUCGGCUUCUUGAUUGAGAAUUUCUUCGAUAUUCACGCCGGUAUUUCUGACCCCAGCGUUUUCAUUCCGCCUGCCGAGUGCGCCGGUCUUUAAUCGUGUGCAUUACAUUACUUUCUUGUAUUAUGAUUGUUCAAAUUAAUAAAAACAGUAGAUACAUAAUAAAAUUGACUUUGUAACACAUGGAUAA